AUGCCUAGUCUAGACACUAUUAUGCGAGACCCUAAUGGCUAUGGCGGUUGCGAUAGUGGUAAUAGUGGUAGAAGUAGUGGCUGCAACAUUAUGCCUAUAAUCACCGAAUAUAUAAAAGCUGAUGUCGAUAAGAAAGAGAAAUAUAAGCAUGACAGAAGAAGAAAGAGACGCCAGACCAAAGUUCAAAGUGUGUCGUUAUUACCUGACUUUGACGCCUUUAGGACACACCGGAUCUGUAUUGGACCUGUUGCUGAUAAACGUCCAAUAAGCACAAGUAAAAAAUCUCUUGCCGAAGAAAGAAAUGAUGUAAUCUUGGACACACCUACGUUAUCAACACUGACCACAACCACAACCACAGAGAAAAUGGAAUUACCAAUGCAUUCUCAACGAAAGAGUGCCCAUCGAGCGCGUAUGAUUAUUGCAGCAGAUGCGGCUUACCUAGCCCAGGAAUCAUCAUCUAUGCCUCAUCGACAAUUGGGACUCUGA